CCUCUCCUCUCGCCGCCGCCGCCGCCGCCGGGAUGGCGCUGCGCACGCCGGAGCUGCGCUUCGCCGCCGCGGCGGGGCUCGGGGCGCUCUCGCGCCCAUCCCGCGUCGCGCCGUCCCCGCUCGCCGCGCUGGCGGCGCCGCGCCGGCGCAGGCGCCGCUCCCCGUCGCCCUCCCCCGCGCCCUCCGACUCCGACUCCAACCCCGCCUCCUCCGCCCCCGCGAACGCCGGUGGGGCGGCGGCGGCGGCGGAGGCGCCGGAGUGGAAGAAGGUGAGCGCGAAGCGGUUCGGGAUCAAGGACUCCAUGAUCCCCGACGAGGCCUGGAACGUCCUCCACCGCCUCCGCAGCAGAGGAUAUGAUGUCUACCUGGUUGGUGGUUGUGUUCGAGAUCUCAUAAUGAAGAAAACCCCAAAAGAUUUUGACAUAAUAACCACAGCUGAUCUUAGGCAGGUGAAAGACACUUUCUCAGGAUCAGCUGUUAUAGUAGGAAGGCGGUUCCCAAUAUGUCAUGUAUAUGAGAACAAUUCAAUUGUUGAGGUAUCAAGUUUUAACACUUAUGCACGAGGGUCAACUAGCAAUCAAAUUUACACGUCCAAGAGCCCCCAUUGUAGCAAAAAUGAUUAUAUCCGAUGGAAAAAUUGCCAAGGGAGGGACUUCACUAUAAACGGGUUAAUGUUCAAUCCAUAUGCAGAAAAGAUCUACGACUACUUCGGAGGAAUCGAGGAUAUUAAGAAAGCUAAGGUUCGUACCGUGAUUCCAGCUGGCACAUCAUUCCAGGAGGACUGUGCUCGUAUUCUACGUGCAAUCAGAAUUGCAGCUCGUUUAGGGUUCAACUUUCCAAAAGAAACUGCUUAUUAUGUGCGAACUCUUGCCUGCUCUGUGGCAAGACUUGAUAAGGGAAGAAUACUCAUGGAGAUCAACUAUAUGCUUGCUUAUGGUUCAGCUGAAGCUUCUUUAAGGUUGCUUUGGAGAUUCGGUCUUCUUGAACACCUGCUGCCUUUUCAGGCAGCAUAUUUUUCUUCAACUCGUUUUAAGAGGAAGGAUAAAGGAACUAACAUGCUACUGGUCUUAUUUUCUAAAUUGGAUAAUUUUCUUGCUCCUAACAGGCCAUGCCAUAAUAGUUUGUGGAUAAGUAUUUUAGCACUUCAUGAAGCAUUAGUACGCCAACCGCGUGAUCCUUUAGUGGUAGCUACUUUUGCCCUAGCUCUAUACCUUGGAGGUGAUAUGUCAUUGGCACUAGAUAUUGGAAAAUCAAUCAACCGUCAACAUAAUACCGGAUUUUCAGAGCUAUUAGAACCCCAAGUCUGGGAUGAUAAGCAUUUGGUAGGCGAGGUGCAAAGCCUAGCUGUCUCAAUGCGGCGGGCAUUAACUGAAAUGACUGAUGAAUAUUUUGUUGCAAAUGCUAUGGCAAAAAUUCCUCAGGCACCAUCCUCAGAUCUUGUAUUCAUCCCACUACAAGCCUACCUAAAGGUUCUCAAAUUAAUUGAAUGUGUUCAACAUGGGAAAAAGGAGCAUGGCUAUGAACCGAAGAGAGAUGGAAAUAUUGAUUAUCAUGAUCUAUCUUAUGGUACACCUGCAGAAGUAAGAAAUGUCUUUACACUGGUCGUCUUCAACACAUUAUACCCCUCAAAUACGGAGAAUCAGCAGGAUGUCAGCUCUUGAAGAUGAAACUCUUGGCGUGAUCAUGAAUAAUUCAGGGGUUUGCAGUGGAUAUGCUGCAGCCUACAGGCUGCAGCUUAGACCAAACAUCACAGGGAUGGCCUACUGAAGUAGCUUCCACAUCUUGAAUGGCUUGAGCUCCUUUAUGAAAUCACGGCAGAACAGCAGGUCAAAUUGCUGGAUAUGUUGCUCAGGGUAUUAUCUCAUCUAGCAUGAUGGCUAUGUCAUCGGCCCAAGUGUACGGCAUCAGUCCAGCUUGACAGAGCUUCAGGUUUUUUUUUUUUUGUGGCAUACUUUCUUCUAAGGCUCUUUUUGGUUCCCUAGAAUUUAAAGAAAUGUGUUCCAUUAACAUUUCUACAAGCAUUAUAAUCAAUAGCAAUUGCAUUGUGAAUUAAGGAAGACGAGCCUUAUUUUCAAACUUUUCAAAAUGCUACUAAAUUAUGAAAGUUCUUCAAA